UUUUCAAGUUGCAGCAAAAAAAAAUUAUUUCAACAAACAACAAAAGUCAAGAAAAAUGCUGAUGGAAUCAAAAAGCAGCGUCGAAAUUCUCAGUUAUGCACAAAGGAAGAAAGGAUUUCAUGAUAAAUAUUUGUCAGUUUGCAAAUCAAAAAUUCUUCAACCACUGCCUGAAGUCAAAAUUAAGCAAAAAAAUAUUCAUGUUUUGGAUUUUCAUGCUGAUCGGAUUAAAGCUAAUGACUGGAUGGCAAUUUGUGAUGCUUUGAAAAACGACAGAACAUUAAAAUUUGUGACUAUCAAGCUACGGAAGAAUGAUGAAUGUAUUCUCGAUCAUGUCGACACGUUGAAAAAGUCAAGAAAUGUAGUCUCGAUUCCCGUAAUCUAUUCAAAAUUCAUCUUCAACGAGUUCGUCGAAUCUCUUCAAAGCAUACUUGUCAGCAAUAACAUCCUCGAAAUGCUUUCACUCGAAGGAUUUCCAAUACGUGAACGAUUCAUGAUGACAUUAGCUAAAGGAUGCUUUACAAAUCGAUCAAUAAGAGUGCUGAAUCUUUCUAGAAGUAAAAUCGGUGAUGAUGGAUGUGAAAUUUUAUGUUCGAAUAUCAAGCACUUGACUAAUAUUGAGACAUUGAAUUUAUCCAAUUGUAAUAUUGGUGUUAAAGGUGUAAAUGCUGUAGUGGACUAUAUCAAGACCCAAAAAAUCCAUCGAUUUUCGGAAGCAUGGAUCCGUAGCUUGAGAUAUCAAAGUAUCGAUGACACAUCAUUUGGUGGUUUGAAACGAAUUUUUCUUAACAGUAAUCCACAAAUUGGUGAUGAAGGAUUAAAAUUUUUGACUGAUGAACUUAGCGAAGAUGUAUGGAUUAAAGAUAUUGAAGUACAAAAUUGUGGACUUACAAAUGUUGCUGCAAACGAAAUUAUCAACUGUCUGACAUACAAUAAGACAAUUUUGAACUUUAACGUAGCAAAUAAUUUAGAUCUUCCUGAACAUAUGCAUCGACAAAUUUUAGAACGUCUUGGAUCAUGUGAUGUAGAUAGUGGUGAUUCAAAUGACACAAAACCAAUACAAAUCAAAGUCACGAAGAAUCAACUGUAUGAAAAAAUCAAAUUUUUGGAAGAUCAGCUUGAGUUAGAGGAAUGCCAACAGAAACAAUUAAAGGAAUUAAUUGAGAAUCUUCAUACACAAAACAUGGAGAGCAAUAAGCAACUGAUGGAAAUGAAUGAGCAGUUAAAGAAAAAUGUUCCUGAAGGAUUCACUUUGGUUGCUAAUGAAGACUUAGACAGACUUGCCAUUCGUAAAACAGCAUCAAAUGUUGCAGUAAGACUUAGACGCAAGAGAAGAAACCCUAUAAAGAAGGUCAGAAGUCUCGUUAUUGAAAGUCCAAUCAACAAAGUCGUUUUCUCAAAAUCAGUCACAUCAGUUAAAUUAAAACCAAAAGCUAUCAGCAAGUGUGAAUCUUUCGUUGAGCCAAAUAUUGGUGAUGGCUUGCACAACAACAACAAUGACAACAUUCAGCAGAGUUCAAGCGAUGAGGCUGACACUGAUGAUGAUGAAUAUUAUGGGACAUCCUUAUUGAAGUCGUUUACCAAAGGUAAAAGUAAGCCAACUUCUUUUUUUGAGAAAAUCUUAAAAUCUUCGUCAUCACGUGCUCCUAAUAAUUCGGAUAUUGAAUAAAAGCCUCAAUUUUUAAUUUUCU